CUGCACGAAGACCCACUUAAGCUGCAUACGUCGUUUUCUUCAACAGUUAUGACCAGGUUUGGUUCCAUGGACAAUUUCCCGCGGGAAUGGCUUUCCAUUUAAAACCCAUCUCGAUUUCUAUUCCGCCGACAUAUGCAUUGGGGGCCACAGAUACGAUAACAUGGGGAGGUGACAAUAGUCGUACAAGCUAUCAGAACAACCACAACAUGAACCCAAGUGAAGUUGCAAGCUCAGGGUUCGAUCAGAUUUUCAGAACAACCCUACCGGGAAACUUUCAGGGUCUUGCAAAUGAACAGAUCUUCGCGGCGCCACUAGUCUACACAGGGAACGAUGGGAUUCAAUACAUCUAUGUCGCAACGACGCAGAACAAUCUGUACAAAUUGGAUGCAAAAACGGGGGUCAUAGUUGCAAGUCGGAACCUUCAUGUACCGUUCCUGCAGGUUGAACUAGAAAGCUGUGUUGAUAUUAAACCCCUCAUUGGCAUCACAUCCACAGGGACAAUCGACCCAUCUACUAAUAUUUGGUACGUCACGUCAAAGACAUACGCGGAGCGAUUUCAAAACGGUAAUUUCUCCGUCUCAAAUCCGCCGGGGCGUCUGAACGGCAGGUACUGGCAACACGCUGUUCAUACAGAAGAGCUAUCGGAGGUUACGGGAUGGCCGAUACCGCUCGAUGGCACUGUCUUCCGGAACAACCCAAACCGGAUGUUCCUCGGUGGAAACCAACAUUCCCGAACCGGGGCUAUCAUCGUCGGCGACUACCUCUACACAGGAUAUGCAUCCCAUUGUAUUCAGUAUAACUACACUGGAGCGAUUAUAGGCUUCAACAAGAAAACCGGAAAGAUAGUAGAAGCGUUUGCUACGGAAGGUGGCCCAGAGCCAAAUAUUGUCAAAGGAGGCGGUAUAUGGAUGUCCGGUGGCGGUCUGUCAUACGACGGCAGAGGAAGCAUGUACUUUGCCACGGGCAACGGUUACGCAUCUCAGCUCAAAGCAAGUGGGAACGCUGUCCCCGGUCGUAGUCCACCUUCCUCUUUGGAAGAAGCAGCGGUCAACGCCAAGAUCAACGACGAUGGGACUCUUACCAUCAUUGAUUUCUUCAUGCCUUAUGAGAAAGUUGCACUCGACGGGGCAGAUCGAGACCUAGGGACAACCCCUCUUGUCUUGUUACCGUCGACUACUUUCAACUGUCCAAAUCACCGCCGUAUUGGCGUCGUGACAGGAAAGAGUGGCAAAACUUACUUCUUGAAUCUGGACGACCUCGGUGGAUAUCAGCAAGGACCUAACAACGGUGAUAACGUGAUCCAGGUCUAUCAGAAUGAGAAUUCAGUUUACGCAGGAGCUGGAAUGAUACCUCUUGGUGGUGGUUACGUAUACGUUCCGGUCACGCAAUUCAAGACACACGUAUUCAAGUUCUCGUGCGAUGAACUCGGUAACGCAACUUUCUCACUCGUCUCGGACACUCCAGACCUCAAUGCUUACAUCCUGGGGACUGGCGCCGCAACGGUUACCACAAUGAAUGACCAAGAUGGAACAGGCCUACUCUGGAUUUCGGAUGUACAAGGAUACGGGCUGCGAAUAUAUGAUCCCAUACCUCCUGCAAAUGGGGGCCCGUUGACGAGCUUGAGGAAUUUCAGCAUUCCUGGCGUAACCAAAUUCUCCCAUCCUGUCUUCGGAGAUGGUCGAGUCUACAUCUCUACCAACCAGGGUUAUCUCUAUGGAUUUGGAUCACCGGUAAAGAGCGUCUUGAACUGUUCAUCUCCUUACAACUUCGGCGCCAUUCCCAUCAACACUGUCACGCAGCCCGCGACUAUUACCUGCACUGCUCUCAAUAGAACAACAGUGCAGAGUAUCAGCUUGCUGGACUCGAUCAACUUUCAUGUAGAAAAUGUUCCGGCACUGCCGCUCAACCUGUCAACUAGCCAGAAUUUCUCUUUUAGCGUAGCGUCCAGCCCAGCUAACGUGGGCACGUUAUUGAAAGAUGUCACUAUUAACGUACAGAACGCGUUCCCGGGAUAUUCCUCAACCUCUCUUGUCACGUUGCGAGCUACAGGACGCUCCGCUGCUCCCUUACUGGCCAUUUCUCCCCGCUCGAUCUCGUUCAACGUCAUUGCGAAUCAACUCCCGUCACAGCAGCCCACUUUGCUGUGGAAUCUUGGAGACUCUUCAUUGAGUUUCGCGAAUUUCAGCUUCUCUUUGGUAUCACCGAAUGGGCCCUGGAUCCAGCCUAAUACUACCUCAUCUGGUCAGUUGCAGGUAGGUGACUUUACCUUCAGCGUGCUACCUGUCACGAUGGCGCCUGGUACAUCUGCAGUACUCACCGUCACGUAUGCCCCGCACACCCCAGGGAACGACACUGUAUUCCUAACGGGUUUUACAAACGGAGGCUCUGCUAGUUUCACCGCUUCAGGUUUCGCGGGGACGCAGCCUAAAGCCAUUGUGGAGUUCCAAACUCCCGACGGGUCAGGAUGGGUGCCAUUUACCAAUUCGACGCCCUUCGAUUUUGGUACAGUGUAUGAAGGUCAGACCAAAAAUCUGCUCUUCCGGCUUACAAAUGGCGGUGGUCCUCGUGCAGUCCCUCUGUCGGUCGCUGUCUCAAAGCCUCCGUACGGCAUCCCGGAUAUCAUCGGGAAAACGAAUAACAUCGACCUGGCGGAAGGUAGCAUCAUCUCUGCGGGCGAUAGCCAAACGGCCCAAAUCUACAAUGGCUCAACUGUCUGGACGCUGAACACCAAUGAUCCAGACCAAGGGAAGCUUUUCAUACAGUUCUCCUGCCAAGCUGCUACCGAUCAAUAUGGUUACACUGGCUGCUUCAAGGAAGGCAAUCCCGGCCGACAACUAGCUAUACAAGCUUAUACAGACACUGUCAACAACACCAACACGAAAUGUAUCAGCACCUGCAGCUCGCUAGGCUAUAUAUUUGCUGGCACAGAAUUCUCUUCGGAAUGUUGGUGCGGCAUAGAUAUCCCGAUUUCGAAAGGCGAUGAUGCCAACUGUAACUAUGGCUGCUCCGGUGACGUUGAUCAGACAUGUGGAGGCAACGGUCUUACGCCAUCCGUUGGUCAAUACGGCUUCAUCGGCUGCUAUGCCGAACCUUCCGGCAAGACUGUGUCUCUGAAUGCAACUACUUCCAAUAUCAUGACUGUCGAAUGGUGUGCUACAUGGUGCGGAAGUGCAUAUACCUACUUUGGGCUGGAGUACUCACAGGAGUGUACCUGCGGGAACGCAUUGAACCCCAAAUCCACGCUUGUUGACCCUAGUCAGUGUAAUUACCCGUGCAAGGGUAGCAAUAGUGAGUACUGCGGUGGUUUAAAUAGGAUGCAGGUCUAUCAGAUGAGCUCGGUCGUCUCGAGUACCGCAUCCAGUGUCUUGCCAACAUUGGUGACUACGAGCACGAUGAGUUCCACCUCCACUGUUCUCGUGACCCCAAGCAGUUCGUCUGUGAGUACAGGUAUCAUUACACCGAGCACUACACCAAGCUCCAUCUCGAGCUUCACCUCAAGCUCAACAAGUCAGGUGGUCGUGGUAUCUACAACUAUCAUCAAUCCUACCACGUCUAGGACUACAGCUUCUGCGAUUUCUGUCACGAUUACCAUUAUCAGCUCUAAUAGCACGUCUGGUUCAGUCAUUUCACCCGGCUCCACAUUGAGCUCUACUACUGGCUCAAGUCCCCAGGUAGUAGUGGUGCCCACAACUAUCCUCAGCUCUACCGUUUCUAUAGCCACCGGCUCUGCGAGCUCAACCAAAAAGAGCUCUAGUCUCUCUUCCACUUCUGCUACAACAAGCUCCAGCUUUCCAUCCACCUCAGUCACAACGAGCUCUGGCUUAUCAUCGCCUUCUAUUCUGCCUACGACAUCACCAAUCCCAGGAUCGCCGUUGUCAGCCUACACUUAUGUCGGCUGCUUCAUAGACGUGCCUCAGCGAUGCUUGCGCGCCCGAUCCGUUGCUAACAGCUCGGUGUCACUGGACUUCUGCGCAGCAUUCUGCGCUGGCUACACUUUCUUUGGUACUGAAUACACGAAUGAAUGCUACUGUGGAGACGGUAUACUUAUUACUACAGAUCUAGCCACAGAUGGUAGGUGUGAUCUUCCUUGCGCCGCCAAUCACUCACAGAUCUGUGGCGGUAACUGGGGUCUCAGCAUUUACCAGCUUACUCCAUCUUACUUUGGCAACCCAUCGCCCGUCAAAGGCUUUGCUUCGAUGGGCUGCUAUGCUGAGAAGCCCAACGAUCGAGCGUUGAGAAAUGUUUAUUAUAGUGACAUCAUGACCACUGAGCUGUGUUCCGCUCGAGCCGCUGCUAAUGGUUAUUCAUACUUCGGGUUGGAGUACGGGCGCGAGUGCUGGAUGGACAACGUUCUUGAUGACGCUGUCCCUGUGCCACAAGCCAAAUGCGCGACCAGCUGCACGGGGAGCACGUUCCAGAAUUGUGGAGGCGGCAACUUCAUGCAGUUGUACGGCAACGGCUCUGUGGUAAAGAUGCCAUCGGGGACGUCCUCCAUCGCUGCGACAUCUCCUAUGACCACGUCCUCAUCCACGACCACGUCGCUGAUGUCUACAUUUGUGGCUGUCGCGACGACAAGCUCGAUGUCAAGCACAUUUUCAAUAGUUCUUCUGCCAAGCAGUGGAUUAGUGGUAUCUUCCACAGGUACUCUUACCUCGACGGACUCUGUCCCAUCGUCUGGUGGCCUUUCCCCGCCGUCCACGACCUCGCUUUCUUCCAGCAGCACACUGAGGUUCCCGACAACUCCUACCACAUCAACUAGCAAUUCGUCAGUAAUCUUCUCGUCAAGAAGUGUUCCAGUACUACCAACAACCGCCAUUCACGUCGACUAGUCCCUCGACCCCGUCUUCCUCGACAGUAUUAUCAUCAAGCGGCAAUACGGUGUUGCCAGCAACUCCAAUCACUACGCCGACCAGUACAUCGACCUCACCUAUCUCAGUAACGACAUCACCAUCCAUCUCUCCAGUGAACACGUACAGCUUUGUAGGCUGCUGGCAAGAUAAUGCCUGGCGAGGGCAGGGUCGCGCAUUGCGAGCUCUUUCCGCACUGAAGAGUCCG